ACAGUUCUUACAUGUAUGCGGCUAACAUGUCUCCGUUCUCAAUUUUUGUUAAAGAAAACUGUCGGUCCCCAUUUUACCAAAAACAAAAACAAAUAUUUCAAUUUUCUGCUUAAUUAAUUUUACAAAUUAACUACAAAUGCUAUCCGAUCUUUUAAAACGUUUUUAUUCAAAACUUAUCGUAGGAACCAAGCUUAAAAACAAAUUUAGCUGAAUGAUAAACAUACGAAAAAAAAUGAUACUAUAUAUAAUUAUAUGUAAGGUGAAAGACUAAAGUAUAUGUUUAUAUGUUAACAUAAUUAAUCAUUUAUAUAACAAUUAAUUAAAAAUCGUUAGUGUAAGACUACCACGUCCAUAAUGGGACUCCACGAACCUCUAAUUCACUCGUUUUCUAGAAUAUCACUCUCUCUUUAUAAACACCAAUCUCCGAUCAUAUUCAAACCAUCUGAAAACAUUUAGUUAAGAAACAACGACAACAACAACAACAGAGCACUAAAAAUGGCAGCUCUUGCGACCAAACAGUCUCUGUUGUUGCUGUUAUCUUCUCUUCUGCUCUUGAUAGGCGUAUCCACCGGAAGUUUCUACGACAACUUCGACAUCACAUGGGGUAAUGGUCGUGCCAACAUAUUUGAGUCUGGACAGCUCUUGACAUGCACUCUCGACAAGAUCUCUGGUUCAGGUUUUCAAUCCAAGAAAGAGUAUUUAUUCGGAAAGAUUGAUAUGAAGAUGAAACUUGUCGCUGGAAACUCAGCCGGAACAGUUACUGCUUACUACCUUUCCUCUAAAGGCGAGACAUGGGAUGAGAUAGACUUCGAGUUCUUGGGUAAUGUUACAGGACAGCCUUAUGUUCUCCAUACCAAUGUGUUCACCGGAGGUAAAGGUAACCGUGAAAUGCAGUUCUAUCUCUGGUUUGAUCCCACCGCGGACUUCCACACUUACACCGUCCUUUGGAACCCUCUCAACAUCAUCUUUCUUGUGGACGGAAUCCCAAUCCGGGUGUUCAAGAACAACGAGGCUCACGGUGUGGCUUACCCGAAGAGCCAGCCAAUGAAGAUCUACUCAAGUCUAUGGGAGGCUGAUGAUUGGGCUACACAGGGUGGUCGAGUCAAGACGGAUUGGACUAACGCUCCAUUCAGCGCUUUCUACAGGAGCUUCAGUGAUGUGGACUGUUGUAGCCGGACUUCAGUGUGGAACUGGGUUACGUGCAAUGCGAAUAGCAACUCGUGGAUGUGGACUACACUUAACCCCAAUCAGGUUGGACAAAUGAAGUGGGUGCAAGAUGAUUACAUGAUCUAUAACUAUUGUACUGAUUACAAGAGGUUCCCUCAAGGUCUACCCACGGAAUGCAACCUUGGCUGAUUGUGUGUCCGAGCAAAUACAAGCAUGUUGCAGUUUGUUUCAUUCUUUCCUUCAAAUUUGUUCUCGUGAUUUGAUCCUGUUAUUCUUUUGAGUUUCUAUUUGUUUCCCUUAUUGGGUAAUUGAUUAUACUUGUGCUCAUCUGUAAUAAUUUCAUUAAUAUGAUUAAACUGUUGGUUUUUUA